CAACAACAUCAGUGUUCUGCACGCGCAUGGCUCACUGUAGGAAUACAGUUGGCGCUUUGGAAGAGGCGCUGGAUCUGGACCGCAGUGUGCUGCACAAAAUAAAGAAGUCAGUCAAGGCCAUAAACAGCUCUGGUCUGAAAUCACCGAUACCUGUUCCAGCAAGAACCUGCUUAUUUCUCUCUCUUUCUCUUUCUCUCUCUCUCUCUCUCUUCAGAACUAGAUUAUCAUAUGUAGUUUUUAUUUAAAUCUAUUGCUGGUUAGCGAGUAUCAUAGUAUUUGAGUGAUACUGUUUUUCAGAGUUUACUGCGUGAAUGUUAUUGUUGAAGUCUGCAUGAAAUAAAAUGUAAAGUAUAUUUACAGAGUACUUGGUUGAACAACAAACCUAAUCUAGAGAAAAAAUGUGUUACUCGGUAUCAAAAAUAGAACAUAAAAAAAAUCUAAAUAAGAAUAAAUACUAAAAUAUGAUGUUAGUAGUACUAAAAUAACAUUGGUUUACGCACACAUUGACAUCAGAAGGAGUUCCCUGUGAUGUUCUUAAAACUGGUUAAAUGAAAAAUAAAUAAAAAUAAUUUUUUAAAUUGUUAAAAAUACUUUUUAAAAUAAUUAAAUUAGUGGCAGUUCCUUCUAAGUGAUUUUUUUUUGCUUUACUGCACGUCACUGGAGAGUGUGGCUGCUAAGCUUUUUUCUACAAUACUGCACACAUAAACUAGGAAGUAUGUUUUUUGCGGUAGAAAGGGAAAAGGCCCACGUGACAGGAGUUUGCUCAUGCCCGUAUGAACCACUGAGAUAAGGUCAAGCAAAGUGUAAUAAAACAAAUGAGCUUUAUAAGGCAACAGUUGGGCAAUGAGUAAAGUAUCCAUGAUAACCAAGCAGGUUUUUGUAUAUAAUAAUAAUAAUGUGGAGUAUAAAUGGCUGACAAGACAGUUUUGGUGUGUUUUCAGCUCACGUAGAGAAUGAGGAGCAGUACAUCCAGGCACUGGAGAGAUUUACGGAUACUACUGUGUACAAAGAUGACCCUGAGAUGCCCGAUUACUUCCUCAAAUUCGCUGGUUUCACUAAAGAGCUCACCGGUCUCUUUAAGAACUUGCUGCAGAACAUGAGUAACAUCAUCACUUUCCCACUAGACAGUCUGCUGAAGGGAGACCUUAAAGGAGUCAAAGGGGAUCUGAAAAAGCCUUUUGAUAAAGCAUGGAAGGAUUACGAAACCAAACUGGGCAAGAUUGAGAAAGAAAAACGGGAGCAUGCCAAACAGCAUGGUCUAAUCAGAACAGAGAUCAGCGGAGGAGAGAUCGCAGAAGAGAUGGAGAAAGAGAGACGCCUCUUUCAGCUUCAGAUGUGUGAAUAUCUCAUUAAGGUGAAUGAAAUUAAAGUCAAGAAGGGAGCUGACCUGCUUCAAAACCUCAUCAAAUAUUUUCAUGCCCAGUGCAAUUUCUUCCAGGAUGGGUUAAAAGUUGUGGACAGUCUGAAACCUUUCAUGGAAAAACUUGCCACAGACCUAACUGCAAACAAGCAGACACAAGAUGCAGAAAGAAAACAACUGAUGCAGCUUAGAGAUAUUCUCAAAUCUGCCCUACAGUCAGAGUGCAAAGAGGACCUCCAGUCAAAGCAGAAUGCAGGCUAUAGUCUUCACCAGCUUCAGGGCAAUAAAGCCCACGGCACUGAGCGCUCUGGGAUGCUUCUCAAACGCAGCGAAGGACUGAGGAAAGUUUGGCAGAAAAGGAAGUGCACUGUGAAAAAUGGAUUAUUGACUAUUUCUCAUGGAACGGCCAACGCACCGCCAGCAAACCUGAACCUUUUAACCUGCCAAGUGAAGCGUAACCCAGAUGAGAAAAAAUGCUUUGAUCUUAUAUCACAUGACAGAACGUAUCACUUUCAGGCAGAGGACGAAGCAGAGUGUCAAAUAUGGGUGUCUGUGCUCCAGAACAGUAAAGAGGAGGCGCUGAACAACGCCUUUAAGGACGAUCAGAACGAGGGAGAGAAUAACAUUGUGCGGGAUCUGACCAAAGCUAUUGUGGAAGAAGUGAAGAAGAUGAGCGGCAAUGACGUGUGCUGUGAUUGCGGAGCUUCCAAUCCAACAUGGCUUUCCACAAACCUGGGAGUGUUGAUUUGCAUAGAAUGUUCCGGAAUCCAUCGGGAAAUGGGAGUCCACUUCUCCAGAAUACAGUCUCUGACGCUGGAUGUCUUGGGCACGUCUGAACUUCUGCUUGUUAACAGCGUGGGCAAUGCAGGGUUCAAUGAAAUCAUGGAAGCAAACCUGUCACCAGAGAUCCCCAAACCUAACCCUUCUAGUGACAUGCAGGUACGAAAAGACUUUAUUACAGCCAAAUACACGGAGAAGCGCUUCGCUCAGAAGAAGUAUGCGGAUAACACAGCCCGGUUACAUGCACUGUGUGAUGCGGUGAGGUCCCGGGACAUCUUCUCUCUGAUCCAGGUGUAUUCUGAAGGAGUGGACCUGAUGGAGACCAUUCAGCAAACUAACCAACAUGAACCGGGUGAAACAGCGCUACAUCUUGCAGUACGAAUGGUGGACCGGAACUCUCUCCAUAUUGUAGACUUCCUUGUACAGAACAGUGGGAAUUUAGACAAGCAGACUUCCAAAGGAAGCACAGCGCUGCACUACUGCUGCUUGACUGACAACAGUGAAUGUAUGAAGCUGCUACUGCGGGGAAAAGCAUCUGUCACCAUUACUAAUGAUGCAGGGGAGACUCCACUGGAUCUGGCACAGCGUCUCAGACACGCAAAAUGCGAGGAGCUGCUGACUCAGGCACAAACAGGGAAGUUCAACGUCCAUGUGCAUGUGGAGUAUGACUGGCGCCUGCAUAACGAUGACCUCGACGAGAGUGAGGAUGAGAUGGAAGACAAGCCCAUUCCCAACAGGCGUGAGGAGCGUCCAGUUAGCUGUAUUAUUCCAGGAACUGGCCCCAUGAUGCCCAACAUGAGCGCUCUGGCACGGGACGUGGCUAAUGUGGUCAAUAACAAGCAAAGGGCUUUUAUUCCUAGCAUGAUCUGCAAUGAAACGUACGGCACCAUGCUUGACGUUGGUUCACCACCUUUGGGUUUACCAGGGGUGCCGGGUAUUCCACCACUUCGUACCUUAGGAAGGGGGUGGAGUCCUCCAUCGGAGAUAGUUGGGAGACAGAGAUCGUGCUCAGACCCUUCAAACCCUCAGAGUCCAGACAAAAACAUUUCAGUAUAUGUGCUCCCCCCUGCUCCGCCACCUCCACCUGCGGCCAAAAGACCUCCUCCUCCAGAUCCAAAAGCGUCUCUUCCCCAAGUGCCUGCAGCUCCAUCGGUACCCUCUGCACCCCCGGUUAUACCACCCGCCCCAGCUCGACCAGCGCCCACAGUGCCUCCUGCUCCAGUGUUGCCCACGUCAUUUUCAUAUAAACCUCCACCUCCUCCUAUACCCCCACAGCCUCCUGUACCCCCACAGCCGAAAGCCCCUGCACCAAAACCAGUCAAAUCCCCCACUAGGGAUCCUGUUGGCUCUUACAGUAAAGAUGCAAAUAUAAAUAAACCUCCGCCUACUGUCCCCCGACCAAGUGACAAAACAGAUUCUGGGCCGUCAUCUGCCUCCGCACCAGUUCCUGUUCCUGCUCCCAAACCCAGGACAGCCCCACCUAAACAGAGACCUAAGAGAGUAAAGGCCCUAUACAACUGUAAGGCUGAUAACCCAGAUGAACUGACCUUCUCUGAGGGAGAGGUGAUAAUAGUGGACGGAGAGGAGGACAAGGAGUGGUGGGUGGGACACAUAGACGGGGAGCCCAACAGGAAGGGGGUUUUUCCUGUCUCGUUUGUUCACUUCAUCACUGACUGAUGCCAUACAUUGCCGUCUUAAGAUCACAGGCUUUUUAUGACAGAAACCUGAGAGCGCUGAUUAUUUAACUAGACGCCGUCCUUACGACUGGAUGGUGGCUUAUGGGACAUUCACAAAACAUAAGACCUCAGGAAAUGGCUCACUUUAGCAAUUAUUCCAAUUCCAUGUGCAAAUACCUCUAACUUUAAUGCAGAGAUGAUGUGUGAACUGUGAUGAGUGCUAUGCUUUAUACGGGGACCAUUUUUUUAUAAACUGUCAUAUUUUCGGAUCCUUACUCUCAUCCCUAUAGAGCUUUUUAUCUAUAUCAGUUGCAGAGCAACUCGGAGUUCUGUUACCGAACAAGCCAUUAAACUCUGUACAUUUAUAA